AUGCCGGGACAACUGACUCAAUUAGUGCAGGCCGCAGCCAAGCCGUUGCCGGAAAUCAAAGAUCCGUUGUUCGGACAGAUGUUCGACACAUUCCGCAACUAUAAAGUCGUUCUUUUAGGCGAUGGUAGUCACGGCACAUCCGAGUUCUACAGUGCUCGAGCAGAAAUCACAAAACAUCUCGUCGACUUUCAUGGCUUCAAUAUGAUCGCGCUCGAGGCCGAUUGGCCCGACGCGGAGGCCAUCGAUCGCUAUGUACGUCUUCGUCCUGGACCUAAAGGGCGUAUAGGUGGUAAGAGCAAGAUCGAGCCUUUCAAGCGAUUUCCGACAUGGAUGUGGAGAAAUCGCGAGAUGCAAGAUCUCGUCGAAUGGAUGCGCGAUAGAAAUGCCAAGGUUCGUCCAGAAGAAAGAGCCGGGUUCUAUGGACUGGAUCUGUACAGUAUGGGGGAAUCUAUCAAGUCCGUUAUUCAAUAUCUCGACCUUGUUGAUCCGGAGCUCGGCAAGAACGCCCGUAAACGAUAUGGUUGUCUACAACCUUGGGUUGACGAUCCGGCUUCUUAUGGACUCGCGGCAUUGCAAGGAAUGGAGAACUGUGAGAGCAAAGUUGUCCAUAUGUUGAAGGAUCUCCUUAAAAAUCGGUUAGAAUAUAGCGCAUCUGAACAUGAUGGUGAAGCAUUCCACAGUGCUGAGCAGAACGCCCAUGUGGUACGCGACGCAGAAAAGUACUACAAGGCAAUGUACUAUAGCUCAGCGAGCUCGUGGACACUACGUGACACCCACAUGUUUGACACGCUGGACCGGCUGUUCCAGUUCAAGCCUCCCAACAGCAAGGCCAUAGUGUGGGCGCACAACUCGCAUGUUGGAGACGCUCGCUUUACUAGUAUGGGCCAACGACGUAAAGAGAUCAACAUCGGCCAACUCUGUCGUGAGAGGUAUGGCCGCGAGAACGUUGCCAUCAUUGGGUGCGGAACGCAUACAGGAACGGUUGCGGCAGCCCAUGAAUGGGAUGAGGAUAUGGAAGUAAUGCGCGUCAAUCCAUCGCGAACAGAUAGCUGGGAAUACGUUGCGCAUAGCACUGGUAUCCCGAACUUCUUGCUCGACUUGCGUCCGGAUUUCGCCGGUUCACAACUCCGCGAGGCAUUCGCUCAAGAGCCACCAAAGUUGGAGCGUUUCAUUGGCGUCAUUUACCGGCCGGACACGGAGCGAGUCUCACAUUAUUCGCAGGCCUAUCUACAUAAUCAGCUGGACGCAAUGGCACCGCGUCGCUCAGCACGUCUGAGAGGCAACACUCCACUCACUGAGGACCAAUUUCCAGAGGUCCCUACUACUACUCCCAAGAAGCUCUCGCCUGUCGCCGAAAAUGACGAGACAAAAAUUAAAGAUACCGAUCCCAAACCAAAUACCACCCCAAAGAGCCAAUCCUCUUUGAAAAAAGCCAUACUGUCGCCCAAUGGAAAACCAUCCAUCAAAACACCAUCAACCGUCGGUGCUGUGCGUCCAGCUCACGAAGAAAUGCAUCCUAGCAAAGUUCACCAGAGCACAACCAAGCAAGCCGACUCUGGACUUAUCCUUGGCUUUCAGCCCAUUAAACGUGAUUCGAACGGAAGGGUCAUCAAAGAGGAUCCUGUCACCAACACACCUUCAAAAAUCAUAUCGUCUCCUCCAAGUAAUCUUGGCACUCCAUCCAAAUUUGGCUUCAAAUUUUCAAGCGACGACGCUCAACUCAGCGAAGAAGCAAGAAAGUUGAUGGCAAGUGUUCGUGAGGAUGUCGCUAGAAUUAAGGCACAGAUGAUACUCGAGCGGGGUGAACAACAGCGAAACGCAGAAGCCGCAGAGCAGCCGCUAGGAAAUAGAAAGAUCAUCAAGCCCAAGGGCAAGGCUGGACGUUUCAGCGACGUUCAUAUGGCUGAAUUCAAAAAGAUGGACUCUAUUGCAGGACAUCCCUCUGCUUUUAGAGCACAGCCGGGUCGUUUCACUCCUGCCACCCAGUCAUUGAAACGAAAGAGCUCGAAGGCGAAACUUGACGAACCUGAGGCGAAACCUGCACCUUCAAAGUCUCCUGGCAUUGCUGCUAAACGUGUGAAACGCGCCGAGAUUCAGACGACUUCCACCACUCGGCCGCUUGCGAAUAUUGGUACCCAGCGGAAGACGGGUAUUCCACAGCCCGGCACAUCUAUGUUCCGUAGUAGCUCUUUAAUGACACCCACAAAGUCUUCUACUGCCCGUUUCGCGUCGGCACGGCCUUCGAAGACCUCCAUGAUCCCUUCUCUGGCUGGCUCUCCAUCACGCCCAGCUGUACCCCAGACACCCAAGACUGAGUUCAAUCCCAGACUCAAGAAAUCACUUCCAAGUCUUGGAAACCUAAAGUCGAUUCUGAGACGCCGUCAGCCAUUGUUUUCAACUGACCCUGCAAAGAUCGCUGCAGGAACACACAUCACAGCUCCAAAUUUCAGUCCCGACAUCGACUUGAAAGGUCUCCCCACGGCAACUUUUGGCAGCGUUGACCAGACCCCUUCUCCCAAGAAGCAUGUUGAAUUCACAUCAAGUACGAAAUCUCCCCGUGAAUCGAUUCUCGAAACACCAACAGCAAUAGGGCCCGCGUCUGAUGCUCCCGUUGCAUCUACGUCUGAUAUUAUGUACCCGACUCUCCCACUAAGAAUGACACCCGACAAAGAAGUCAUUGAUACUCCCACGAUUCGACGUGUUCGGGAAUCAAUCACAGCUGCCCAACCUGCGAGUCCUCUUCCGAAGAUACCCGCUAUACCUCAUGGUAUUCCGAAUAAGGAACGUAAGCAUGAUCACGAGAAAGAACAGACUGUAACUCUCUCCUCACCAACCUUUAACCCGACUUUCUCAACUCAUCCCACGGCCAGUCCUUUCCCUAAAAUGCCGACAGUGCCACAUGGAAUACCGAACGAGAAGCGUGGGCGUGAGGAGCACAGCAAGAAACCAGAUAUCAAGUCAACUGAUGCAAUGUUAAAGGCUCCGAUAUCACCUCUGAAGGCAAAGAGCCCGUCGAUUUGUCUCGUUGCAGUGCCCCAUGGCAUUGUUAACAAGAAACGCCAGCGUGCAGACGUGAGCGAUGACGAAGACACUGAGAACAUCCCACCUGCUGAUGAUGAACGUAAUGCCAAACGUCUGAAAGCCAGCCCCAUGAAGUUGAAUCCCGUCAGCCCCAGUCCAAUCAAGAAGCGCCCCAUCAUUACUCCUGGGCGCAUGACAGGAAAUCGCGGCCGAGGCGCUACCCCAGGCACUGCGUCGAAGAAGAGUGUUCUCAGCUUGAGUCGCUUGAACAUGCUGUCCAAACCAAAGUCUCGUUCUUGA